CGUCGCUAUGGUAACAGCCACAACCGAGCAAAGAUUAGCUAGUUAGCAUCGACAUGUUUUAAGGUCCUCUGUGUUGUUCUGUCCUCAACAGUGAUUCAACAUGGAGUCGUCAGACACUUACCUCAUCAGACCUCAUCACCAGCACAAGUUUAAGCCAGCCAUUGUAAAGGAGUGCAUUCGUGAAAUCGUGCGGGAGCAACUGUCUGGGGUGCAGUAUGACCCAGAGGAGGUCCCACAGCUGUCCCGAACACUGGCAGACUCUGUUAAAGAAAAAGUGAAGAAUGCUGGAUUUGAAAGAUAUAAGCUCGUUGUGCAGGUUGUCAUCGGAGAACAACGAGGACAGGGAGUCAAGAUGUCCUCCAGGUGUUUGUGGGAUGCUGACACAGACAACUAUGCAGAAGAUGUUUAUAUGAACGACAGCUUGUUCUGUUUGGUGGCGGUUUUCGGGAGUUAUUACUACUGAGGACGGGACGAUGGUAUUCAAAAAUUCAACAAGGAAAGAUGUGAGGUGAACGUCCAAAUGAGACUGGUUGCCAUCAGGUCCACGUGCGUGGAUCUGGAGUCAUGUGAUUGCUGCAUGUGGAGUUCAACACACAUGACAUUUCAGUAAAGAGAAUGUUACUUUAAAACAAAGGAAUUUACCAGGAUUUCCUGACAAUGCAAGAUGAGAGUGGAAAGACUGGCCUCUAUUCUAGAUAAAAUACAAGGUUGUAGAUCGAAACAUAACUUUGACUUCUUAACUCUUGUACAAGUUCCAACUGGUGUUGAAAUGUUUGAUGUCAUGUUGUGUGUGGAAAUCCUCAACAUGUUCACGAGAUGUUAUUUUAACAGACUUUCACACCCAUCAGUGAAAAUGUCAACUGUACCACAUUUUUAUUUUAUUUUGAAAUUAUUUCAUUAAAAGGCCAGUUAUUUGAACUGAUUAAAAUUGUAUCUAAA